AUGCCCUUCAACCCCAACUUCUACGGCGAAGACGACCCUAUGGCUGCGUACCAAGCCAUGCGUCGUGGCGGUCCUACUCGACGCUUUGACGAAUACUUCCGCUGCUACCCUGUAGCCAUGCUGCCUGGGCCGGACCGUGAAGAUGCGAACCACGGCGGCAAAGUGUUCCUACCACCCAGCGCCCUCGACAAGCUUACACGGCUACACAUCACAUACCCUAUGCUCUUCGAGCUCAUAAACGGCGCACAAGAUGGUAAGAAGACUCAUGCUGGUGUGCUGGAGUUCAUUGCGGAGGAGGGCAAGAUCUACUUGCCGUACUGGAUAAUGCAGACGCUUUUGCUCGAACCGGGCGACCUCCUACAAGUCAAGUCGACCGAUAUCCCGCUCGGAACUUUCAUCAAGCUGCAGCCCCAAGAUUCGUCGUUCCUCGAGAUCUCAGACCCCAAGGCCGUCCUCGAAAACGCCUUCCGGAAUUUCGCAUGUCUCACUAAAGGCGACAUCUUCACCUUCUCGUACAAUGAUAACGUGUACAGUGUUGCCGUUCUUGAGGCCAAGCCAGAGCACCCAAGCCAGGCAGUGUGCACCAUUGAAACGGACUUGUCUGUCGACUUCGCGCCACCGGUAGGCUACAAGGAGCCAGAGAGGACAAGUGGGACUAGCACGCCACGGAACGUUAUGGCUGGCAAGGGGGGAACACUGCACUCUCAGGGCACCAUGGCUCAGGCAAUCAACUACGCCGCAAUUGCACCCUCAGCAACGAGUGCGGCUGCUGGCUCAAAGGCUGUAUCCUCCAACUUCCUCACAGGUGGCCACAAGUUGUCGAAGAAGGGCAGUAAGGCGCCCACUCCACAAGCUUCCACCCCGAUUGCUGGGCAGUCCACAAAUCCACCAAAAACAGUCCGACGCACAAACGGCCCACAGCCACUGAGACUACCACCGGGCAAGCUCUUCUUCGGCUACGAGAUCAAGCCAGUCAAGAGCAAGGAGGGCGCUGAUGAGGGCGAGCAGAAACAGUCGAAGCACUUCGAUGGCGCAGGAAAUACGCUGCGUAAGAAGAAGGGCGACAAAUAG